GGGUUUCCUUCGCCUUCUAUAAAGAAGGCUUCUAUUAGCCGCGUACAGAUAGAUAAGCAGCAACUCCAGUCCAACCAAAGCACAAACGGAAGAGGAGAGGAAAGACACCCGUUGCUAACAAGACCAAUUCUUGCAAGGAGAAGCAGACAUGAGAACCCAAGUGUUCUUCCUCACAUUCGCCUUGCUCGCAGUGCUCGCGCAAUCCAGCAACAGGCACCACCACCACUCCCAUGUUCAGAGCAAAGGGCAUGGAGGGGGAGGAGGAGGAGGAGGAGAGCUAGCGAGCCGGGGGAAGGCGGCGGCGCGGGCAUGGCCGUGCUGCGACAACUGCGGCGGGUGCACCAAGUCGAUCCCGCCGCUGUGCCAGUGCCUGGACGCGGUGCCCCGCGGGUGCCACCCUGCCUGCCAGGACUGCAUCAAGUCCAGCCUCAGCGCCGAUCCGCCGGUGUACCAGUGCAUGGACCGCGUCCCCAACUUCUGCGACCGCCGCUGCACCGCCGCCGCCGCCCACUGACCGGCCGGCUGAGCGAACGACUGAUUGCUGUGGAUUAUAGAUUUUUGUGUGUAGAGAGAGAGAGAGACGAGGAAUCUGUUCGUCUGAUGAGCAACCAACCAAACCAAUCUUGGGAUUUUUUUUCUCCUUUUGUUUUUUUGUCUUUUGUCUUGACACUGCUCUUUGCCGGCUACUACUGCUUGGUUGACUGUUCUUGGUUGCGACUUGCGAGGAGAUAAGCACGGUGAAUCACCGGAAUUUGGAAAAAAAAAAUUUGCUUUC